AAAAAGAGAGAUAGAGAAUAAAAAAAAUUUAGGCAAUUUCCUUUCUUCGUCUUCUGUUUCCUCUCUGGAACUCUAAGCAAACCAACAAUGGAGUUCCUGGAUGAGGACGAUAGACCCAGGUUCGUCUUCCAAUCUCGGCCAAUCCCAUCUUCAUUUGCAGAUCAACAACCUCGACAAAAACCGUUAAAUAAACCUCUUUUCUUCAUUACAAUUGCCUUCUCUUCCCUUUUAUUGAUUUUCUCUAUUUUUUAUCUCCAAGCGGAACCCUUUAAAUCUCUCCUCUUUUGGGUCUCUGUUUCCUUCUUUAUUGGCCCUUUCGCACCAUCUAACGUCACAGGUGGUGACAUUUCAGUCGGCCAAGGUCCAAUCGUCGAGUUCGAGCCUCUUGAUGAAGAACCCGAGAUUUCAUCUAAAAAGAAAGCCCCCAAGAAAAGAUCCAAACCAAUUAGAUCUGAUGAAACUGUUAUGAGUCCAAUUCAUGGUAUAGAAAUAGCAAAUGGAUCGUCAAUUACAGAGAAAAAGCGUGAAGCUUUGGGGAAGAGUACAAAUGGGUUGGUGGCAAAUGAGGAAGAGAAGGACUGGACUGAAGAGGACUUAGAGAUAUUGAAGAAACAAAUGAUGAAGAAUCCUGUUGGAAAGCCAAGAAGGUGGGAAGUGAUUGCAGAGGCAUUUAAUGGGAGGCAUAGAGUAGAGAGUGUAAUAAAGAUGGCAAAAGAAAUGGGAGAAAGGAAAGUAGAUGGUAAUGAUUCAUAUGCGAAGUUUUUAAAGAAUAGGAAACCAUUGGAUACAAGAGUUCAGGCCGAGAUUGGUGGAGAAGAGAGUGGUGAAGCAAAGAAGGAUAGUGAGGAUGGUGGCGGUGGAGUGGGGUGGAGUGCAGGAGAGGAUAUUGCUUUGUUAAAUGCCUUGAAAGCGUUUCCUAAGGAUGUGGCAAUGAGGUGGGAGAAGAUUGCAGCUGCAGUUCCUGGGAAAUCAAUGGCCGCUUGUAGGAAAAGAGUUGCUGAAUUGAAAAGGGAUUUUCGGAGUUCGAAAGCUGGUGCUGAGAGUUAAACUCAAAAUUCAGCUGCUGAGUGUUGAACAUCCAAAACUUUCAUUUGAGGCAGCAUUGGGGAGGAAAUAGGUGACUCAUAUCAGUGUUAUUCUUGUUCUUCCCCAUGAUUUUUGACAUGAGAAAAGUUGCUGACAGUACUACUUGAUUUCGUUUUAUACAUGACAUUCUCUAAAUUUGUAGAGACCAGUUAUAAUAAAAAUGAAUGUUUAUUUGGUUAU